AUGAAGAACUACGGGAUCGCUUUCUCGCCAAAGCUCACAUCGUCGCUGUCUCCUUCCUCUCGAUACGUCCGCAUCGAAAGCCAAACUCGACCCGACUCAGCCGCGACACUCGCUCAUUCACAGCGCGCGACGCCGAUCAGCUCUAUUGUCCGCGGUGUCACUGCUUCCACCCACUGGCAUGACCUGAGUCUUUGCCGCGACGCGCAACGCGACGUUGCGAGCCUGGUCCCUUCGACCUGGCUACAAGUCCACGUCAUGGCCACCGACGACGAGAUCAAGCGCGAGUCUGCCUCACCCAUGGCAGAUGAGGUGGACUGGGCGACCCAGGAGAAGGACGACGAGGACGCCAUCAGGAAUCUGUUCGCCGUCGAUCCUGCCAAUCAACCCGAUCUUAGCCUCGAAGGCCCUAUUGACCAGUCCAACAAAGCCGAUGACGCCUUCGAUUUCGAGGACAUCAGUGAUGACGAUCUGCCUGACGAGGAGGAGGCUGUCAACGGCGGCUCCGAGCAGCCUCCUGCUCUGACUAGCGAUGGCGGUACUAGCAACGAUAACGACGACGACCUGUUUGGCGAUGGUCGAGAAUCUUCGCCCUUGGUCGGCGAACCCGCCAUGUCACCAGGAGCUGCAAUCGCAGACACCGACCAGCAGGACAUUGAGAUGACCGGCGGCGACGACCUAGCCGACCUGCGGGCCCUUAAUUUCGACCCCGAGCCUAGCUUUCCCAUGGCCAACCAAGACCCUUCUAUACCCGCCGCCCCCGAGAAUGUUUUAGACCUGCUGAAGCAGACCUUCCCCGACUUCGAGAGGGGGAAGAUUCUCAACUUCAACCAGCUAUUUCCACCGAGGAAGGCGAACUGGGUCGACAAGAAGCCUCCGAGAAACCCCAAGCCUCUCAUACCUACAAAGCUCAGCCUAGACCUUGACGUCGAUCAGGAGAAGCAGUUUAGGGUCCCCGGGCCCGCUUCGCUGACGACACUUCAAAAGAUACAGACUGCCGAGAAGAAUGGCUUGGUGUCUUUGCUUAUUCCGGAGCCCGUCGACCCCAACGAGCUCGAGAUCUUUUAUGCAGAUGAUCCCGAUUCUGAAAUGGAACUAGUCGGUGGCUUCACUCUGCGUGAUAUUGAGACAGUGUGCGAGGAUUGGGACGAUGUUAUUGAUCCUCCUACUUUACGGCUCCGCCAUGAUUCCCCUGGACCUGCUGUUGCUGAGGAAGAUGAUGAUUGGUUCCUGGAGAUGGGCAUCGACCGCCCUGCUCCUAAGCGGCGCAAAGUCUCCCAUCUUCAGGGCCUGCCGGAGAUCUCAAGAUUCGCAGCUCCGUCCUUUGACAAUUUCGAGGAUGCCACUGCAAGAAGCGCCAAGCGUGUACGCCUGGACAUGAACGAUCCCUAUCUUCUGAUUGAUGAUAUGGAGACGGAGCGGCCGGCAAAGCGUCCCAAGACCAACCAGAAGAUGAAGCGAAUGGCUGACGGCAAGAUGGCACAAGAUAUCACUCAAAGAUUUAAUGUGUCGAACGAUGAUGCAUAUGAGGCUCUUAAGGAAAACGUGCGAGACAAAGUCAGGGCGACAUUGGGUGGUAUCCAAGUCGAACACAGCACCCCAGCGCGAAAACUCUUAUGGCCAUACUAUCAAGUCAAACUGCACGAUGCGAGUGCAUUCAGCUAUCACCGGCCUCCAUUCAGGGUGCUCAAACAGGUUGGCAGGAACUUGGGCUGGAUAAAGCCCAGGUGGUUCAAGCGGAGAGAAUUCAAGGCCCAAAGGGUGGGCGACAUAUACAAGGAGUCAAGAGACCUGAGUCUCAACGACAACUCGACUGCUGUUCUAUUCGAAUACUGUGAAGAGGUCCCGACCGUGCUGUCCAAUUUCGGCAUGGGCAGCAAAGUCGUCAACUACUUCCGUGUCAACCACGACGCCGAGGAGAAACCCGCCGAGAAGCCAUCCAUAGGCGAAACCAAAGUACUUCUGCCCGAAGAUCGAUCCCCAUUCGCCAAUUUUGGAGAUGUCAGCAAGGGUGAGACAGUGCCUACAUUUCAAAACCAGAUGUACCGGGCGCCCAUCUUCAAGCACGAGCCCAGAAAGACCGAUUUCCUCAUUGGCCGUAUCACGAAUUCGAGAGAGGGCAGCCAGUACUACAUGCGCAGAAUUGACCAUCUCUACGUUGUGGGCCAGAACUUCCCAUCCGUCGAGGUGCCAGGCCCUCAUAGUCGGAAAGUCACCAACACAAGCAAGAAUCGUCUCAAGAUGCUGUCAUACCGUUUGAUAAUGAAGAAAGGCCAUGUAGCUCUGAAUGACAUCACAACCCACGUGAAGGACUCGAACGAUGCGCAAAAUCGGCAAAAGUUGAAGGAGUUCCUGGCCUUCAAUAAAGAGGCCAGGCACUGGACUCUGAAGGACGGAGAGAGGCUGAUGGACCCGGAGACGAUCAACUCGAUGGUGCAGCCCGAGGAUGUGUGCCUUAUGGACGCGAUGCAAGUCGGGACAUAUGAGGUUGAGAAGUCCGGAUUCGCCGUUGACUCGCUGAAUCCCGAUAAGGAAGCGGAUGAAGGAGAAAACAUAGCGGUCCAUCUGACACCGUGGAACACAUCCAAGGCUUUUAUCGAUGCUACGACUGGCAAGGCAAUGCUGAAACUUCGUGGUGAGGGUGACCCGACCGGCCGCGGUCUCGGGUUCAGCUUCAUCAGGACUUCUAUGAAAGGCGGCUUCCUGAAUGUCUAUCACGAGCAAGGCCCACAAUCAACAUCUGCAGAUGCGCUCGAGCGAGAGCGAAAAGCAAACGGCGGGCAUUCGUACAACGUCAAGAAACAGAAUGACGCGUACGCCGAGGUCAUCGCGGACAUCUGGAACAAGCAGAAGGAAACACUGAGUGAGGCGGCUGUCCAUGACGACGCGGACGUGCAGCCCCAGGAUGACGAGGAUGACCGCUUCAACGCCCAGUCGCAAGUUGCUGCUACUCCCCGCUUCGACGAAGGCGUCAGCCAGGUUAGCCGCAGUGCCAUUAGUGCCCGCAAUGCGAAGCGGAAGUUGAAGAUCAUCAGGACGGUCAAGGGUGCAGACGGCAAGGAACAGCAGGUCGAGGAGAUUAUCGAGGACGCCGGUGUCAUCGCACAGUACACGAGGGCUAGGAGGGAACUAGAAGAGGCCGAUAUCGAUGUGUACAACAUCCAAUGGACCGGGAAUGAAGAAAGGGAUCGGGUCAUCAGGAGCAAGCUGGAGCAGGAGGAACUGCGCCUCAAGAAGAACCGAGAGCGCCGCCAACAGCGGGAGAAGCAGAAGGGGGGCGCGCGUGCGAGCCUCUCCGGGCCCGCCGGGGCCGCACUCGGCGGCGGUGGCGGCGGCUCGGGCCUUUCACCGGAGCCUUCGGUCGAGAAGAGCGGUACCACGCGCAAGUGUGCCAACUGCGGUCAAGUUGGUCAUAUCAAGACCAACAAGAAGUUGUGCCCGAUGCUCAACGGUACCAUGUCGAACAAGGUUGGCGGUGACGACACCACCGGGACGUAUGGUGAGACUUGA